CUCAAAUUUCAGAUUGGUGGUUCGUGAUUCGCACGUCACACAUCGACUAUCAAGAAUCGUGAUUGGUGCAGUCACGGUAAAGUCUCCUUGUGUACAUCCAUCACCGGACCCUUGACGUUGCGAUCUCCGUUGAGUCCACACGCUGUCUCCUAAUCCGACCUAGCCACAGACAGCACCGAGCAUCGUCCUUCUCUGGUUCACCGAGACCUCCUUGGUCAAAACAAUCUGUCUCAUAGGAAAGUCUCCCAGAGUGUCGACGUCUGCUUUUGGAAGCUCUCUAUCCACCUUCUCUCAGGUACUCACCACUUCUCCGCUUCACACUCGUCCGCUCGUCAUCAUGUCUGACUCCGCGCAAGAGAUUUCGGUCAACAUCAAAGGACCUUCUGAGCUGCGUCUGUCGGUCAAGAUUGCCACUGACGCGACAAUUAGGCAGCUCAAGGAGAAGAUCCAGGAACAAAAGAGCGAAGUCACUGCUGAGAGUCAAAGGCUGAUCUACAGCGGCAAAGUGCUCAAAGACGACGAGACCGUUGCGUUCUACAAACUUGUGAAUGGCCACACGAUACACAUGGUGCGCUCGGCUUCUCGUUCGGCUCCCACGACAGGCAAUCGAUCCGCUGGCUCUGCGCCGAGCGCUUCCAGCACCAACGCAUCCGGCUCUAGCGCCGCUAAUAGCGCAGCUCAAGGUGUACCUGCCAACUUUGGUGCAGGUCAACAAUUCGCCAACAAUCCUCUCAGUGCGCUCAACAGGGCUGAUUAUGCUGGUCCCCAGCUCACCGCGGCUCAAAACCAGAUGUUUGAUGGCAUGAACGUUCAGGAUCCGAACUUUAUGAUGAACAUGCUGGAGAACGACAGCUUCAGGCAGCAAUUGCGCGAAACGCUUUCACGCCCCGAGAUGAUCGAUCAGCUUAUCGACGCCAACCCUCAGCUGCGCAACAUGCCCGGAGCAAGGGACAUGCUCCGCUCGCCCUUUUUCAUAGACAUGAUGACAGACCCAGCCACGAUGAGAAGAGCAGCGCAGUUUUCGCAAAUGAUGGGAGGUGGCGCUGGAGGCGGAGCUGGAGGAGCAGGCAUGUUCGGGGGAGGCGGACAGGCACCUCAGUGGCCUCCUCCUGGCGCUUUCGGUACCGGAGGUGAACAAGGGCAAGGCCAGGGACAGAAUCAAGCGGGGGGAGCACCUGGCUCAUCAGCUGCGCAAAACCCUUUUGCGGCGCUUGGAGCUUUGGGCGGCCAAGGUGCGGGAGGUUCAGGUGGAGCUGGAGGUAUGAUGGAUCCCUCUUUCCUUCGCAGUCUGUUUGGUGAAGGAGGUCCCGGUGGAGCUGGUGCAGGUGGCCCUCCUGCUGGCAACCCGCUCGCAGGUGGAGCGAACCCGUUCGCUGCGGCGCUCGGAGGACUUGGAGGCUUCGGCGGCGGAACACCACCUGCUCCGGCUGACGGACGUUCGCACGAGGAAAGAUAUGCGGAGGAACUGGCACAGAUGCAGGCUAUGGGUUUGACGGACGGACCUAGAAAUUUGAGAGCUUUGCUCUUGGCGGGAGGCAAUGUGCAAGGAGCAAUCAACAUCAUCUUUGAUGGAGGUGCGAACUAAGCGAAACCCUCCUCGUACCUACAUCGAUUGGGACUCCAGUCGCACAGCGUCAUUCACUCUUCAACGGCGCUUCGACGCGCUGAUUGUGAUCAGCAAAGCUGCGAAACGAAGUUCUCUCGACCUCGAAUGCAUGUCAUUGUGAUUAGUGGUGCAAUUAGCCACUGGCUGGC